AAAAAUGAAUCCGCCUCAACAAUAUAGAAUUCAUCAACAAUUGUUAUAUUGAACGAUAAAAGAAUACGCUAUUUUAAAUAGGAUUCACAGAUGUCCCACAGCGUCCUCUUCAAUGUGCAUAAAAAAGGUUAACCGCAGCUAAUUUUUCGCAUCCUAAAUCCCCCUGAGACAAGACUUCGUUCAGAUAGUAGCUUUACAAGCAAAAUUAUUAUUUUUGCUUCGAUGUUUUAAUUCUACUUUUCGCUUUUCUAUAUUUUCAUCUGCAGGAUCCGUAGUCAGAUUUUGUACAGACAUUGUACAGACACGCUGUAUUUCAUGUUUAAGUCUGCCCUUCCAUGUUGUUAGUAAUUUAAAUAUUAUUUUAGAUUGUCGCAUUGAAACUAAAGCAAAGUUUUUUUGCUCAUGCAACACUACAGUUACAGUAGAUAUUUUUGCUUGUUGUGAUACAUCGGCCGUGAUCAACUGCAUGAUGGACGGCUUGGAUACCUAUGAAUCCACAUAUCCCCUCUUUCCUGCUGACAAUGAUACCUCAAACUACGCUAAUGAAUUGCGUACCGUUGUAGCGAUUAUUGAAAGAUGGUUGUACUCGCAAGGAUAUUUUUAUCAAAAUUACUACAAGAUUCCGAUGGAUAUAGCCAGGUACCCAGUAGAUUUGCUUGACGACAGUGACAAACAUGGACGAUCUGAAAAAAUAUCCUUUCCCCUUCUUCCUCUGAUACAGUUGUUAGUAAAUUUAAUGGAUCAAUCAAUAUUGAAAUACGUUGACUCUGG